GAGGCACAGAGGACUUCUCACGCGGACAGAACAUCCAGACAUGGAGUUCCCCCUCAUCCCCCACCUGUUCUUGCCCCUGAUGUUCCUGACAGGUCUCUGCUCUCCCUUUAACCUGGACGUGCAUCACCCACGCCUAUUUCCAGGGCCACCGGAGGCUGAAUUUGGAUACAGUGUCUUACAACAUGUUGGGGGUGGACGCCGAUGGAUGUUGGUGGGUGCCCCCUGGGAUGGGCCUUCAGGUGACCGAAGGGGAGAUGUUUAUCGCUGCCCUGUAGGGGGCUCCCACAACGCCCCAUGUGCCAAGGGCCACUUGGGUGACUAUCCACUGGGAAAUUCAUCUCGUCCUGCUGUGAAUAUGCACCUGGGGAUGUCUCUACUGGAGACAGUUGGUGAUGGGGGAUUCAUGGCUUGUGCCCCUCUCUGGUCUCAUGCUUGUGGCUCAUCUGUCUUCAGUUCUGGGAUAUGUGCCCGUGUAGAUGCUUCGUUCCAGCCCCAGGGAAGCCUGGCACCCACUGUACAACGCUGCCCCACAUACAUGGAUGUCGUCAUUGUGUUGGAUGGCUCCAACAGCAUCUACCCCUGGUCUGAAGUUCAGACCUUCCUGCGAAGACUAGUAGGGAGAUUAUUUAUUGACCCGGAGCAGAUACAGGUGGGACUGGUACAGUAUGGGGAGAGCUCUGUACAUGAGUGGUCCCUGGGAGAUUUCCGAACCAAAGAAGAAGUGGUGAGAGCAGCAAGGAACCUGAGCCGGCGGGAGGGACGAGAAACAAAGACUGCUCAAGCAAUAAUGAUGGCCUGCACAGAAGGAUUCAGUCAGUCCCAUGGGGGCCGACCAGAGGCUGCCAGGCUACUGGUGGUUGUCACUGAUGGAGAGUCACAUGAUGGAGAGGAACUUCCUACAGCACUAAAGGCCUGUGAAGCUGCAAGAGUGACACGCUAUGGGAUUGCGGUCCUUGGUCACUACCUCCGGCGGCAGCGAGACCCCAGCUCUUUCCUGCAGGAAAUCAGAGCUAUUGCCAGUGAUCCAGACGAGAGAUUCUUCUUCAAUGUCACAGAUGAAGCAGCACUGACUGACAUUGUGGAUGCAUUAGGGGACCGGAUUUUUGGCCUUGAGGGGUCCCACGGAGAAAAUGAAAGCUCCUUUGGGCUGGAAAUGUCUCAGAUUGGUUUCUCUACUCAUCGGCUAAAGGAUGGGAUUCUCUUCGGGAUGGUGGGGGCUUAUGACUGGGGGGGCUCAGUGUUAUGGCUUGAAGAAGGUCGCCGCCUCUUCCCGCCACGGACGGCCCUGGAAGAUGAGUUCCCCCCUGCAUUGCAGAACCAUGCAGCCUACCUGGGUUACUCUGUUUCCUCCAUGCUUUUGCGGGGUGGACGCCGCCUCUUUCUCUCAGGAGCUCCUCGGUUUAGACAUCGAGGAAAGGUCAUCGCCUUCCAGCUUAAGAAAGAUGGGGCUGUGAGGGUCGCCCAGAGCCUCCAGGGGGAGCAGAUUGGCUCGUACUUUGGCAGUGAGCUCUGCCCAUUGGAUACGGAUGGGGAUGGAACAACUGACGUCUUGCUUGUGGCUGCCCCCAUGUUCCUGGGGCCCCAGAACAAGGAGACAGGACGUGUUUAUGUGUAUCUGGUGGGCCAGCAGUCCUUGCUGACACUCCAGGGAACACUUCAGCCAGAACCCCCGCAGGAUGCUCGGUUUGGCUUUGCCAUGGCUGCCCUUCCUGAUCUGAACCAAGAUGGUUUUGCUGAUGUGGCUAUGGGAGCGCCCCUGGAGGAUGGGCACCGUGGAGCACUGUACCUCUAUCACGGGACCCAGAGUGGAGUCAAGACCCGUCCUGCCCAGCGGAUUGCUGCUGUCUCCAUGCCACAGGCCCUCAGCUACUUUGGCCGAAGUGUGGAUGGCCGGUUAGAUCUGGAUGGAGAUGACCUGGUAGAUGUUGCUGUGGGUGCCCAAGGGGCAGCCAUCCUGCUCAGCUCCCGGCCCAUUGUCCACCUGACCCCUUCACUGGAUGUGACCCCGCCGGCCAUCAGUGUGGUUCAGAGGGACUGCAAGCGACGCAGCCAGGAGGCAGCAUGCCUAUCCGCAGCCCUUUGCUUCCAAGUGACCUCCCGCACUCCCGGCCGCUGGGAUCGCCAAUUCCAUGUGCGGUUCAUAGCAUCGCUGGAUGAGUGGACAGCUGGGGCCCGUGCAGCGUUUGACGGCUCUGGCCAGAGGCUGCCCCCUCGGCGGCUCCGGCUCAGUGUGGGGACUAUCACUUGUGAGCCGCUGCACUUCCAUGUGCUGGAUACAUCAGAUUACCUCCGGCCAGUGGCCUUGACUGUGACCUUUGCUUUGGACAACACCACAAAGCCAGGGCCUGUGCUGGAUGAGGGCUCACCCACCUCCAUACGAAAGCUGGUCCCCUUCUCGAAGGACUGUGGCCCUGACAAUGAAUGUGUCACAGAUCUGGUACUUCGAGCUAAUAUGGACAUCAGAGGCUCCAGGAAGGACCCAUUCGUGGUUCGAGGUGGUCGGCGGAAAGUGCUGGUGUCAGCAACUCUGGAGAACAGGAAGGAAAAUGCCUACAACACUAGCCUGAGUCUCAGCUUCUCCAGAAACCUUCACCUGUCCAGUCUUACUCCUCAGCCUUCACCCCCCUUCCUCUGCUCUCAGGGGGAUGGCCCAGCGAAGGUGGAGUGUGCAGCCCCUUCCCCUCAUGCCCGCCUCUGCAGCGUGGGGCAUCCUGUCUUCCAGGCUGGAGCCAAGGUGACCUUUCUGCUAGAGUUUGAGUUUAGCUGCUCCUUCCUCCUGAGCCAGGUCCUUGUGAGGCUGACUGCCACCAGCAAUAGCCUGGAGAGAAAUGGCACGCUUCAUGAUAACACAGCCCAGACCUCAGCCUACAUCCAGUAUGAGCCUCACCUCCUAUUUUCUAGUGAGUCCACUCUGCACCGCUAUGAGGUUCACCCAUAUGGGACCCUCCCAGAGGGCCCUGGCCCUGAAUUCAAAACCACUCUUAGGGUUCAGAACCUUGGCUGCUAUGUGCUCAGUGGCCUCAUCAUCUCAGCCCUCCUUCCAGCUGUGGCCCAUGGGGGCAAUUACUUCCUGUCACUGUCUCAAGUCAUCACUAACAAUGCAAGCUGCACAGUGCAGAACCUGACUGAGCCCCCAGAGCCCCCUGUGCAUCCAGAGGAGCUUCAGCACACAAGCUGGCUGAAUGGGAGCAAUUCCCGGUGUCAGGUCAUGAGGUGCCACCUUGGGCGACUGGCAAAGGGGACUGAGGUCUCUGUUGGACUACUGAGGCUGGUUCACAAUGAAUUUUUCCGAAGGGCCAAAUUCAAGUCUCUGACAGUGGUCAGCACCUUCAAGCUGGGAACUGAGGAGGGCAGUGUCCUACAGCUGACUGAAGCCUCCCGUUGGAGUGAGAGCCUCCUGGAGGUGAUUCAGUCCCUCCCUGUCCUCAUCUCCCUGUGGAUCCUCAUUGGCAGUGUCCUGGGAGGGCUGCUUCUGCUUGCUCUCCUUGUCUUCUGCCUUUGGAAGCUUGGCUUCUUUGCCCGUAAGAAAAUCCCCGAGGAAGAAAAAAGAGAAGAGAAAUUGGAGCAAUGAAUGUAGAAUAAAGCCCUAGAAAGUCCUCCCUGGCAGCUUCUCCAAAAGACUUGCAUAACAGCAGAGGUUUGGGGGCUCAGAUGGGACACGAAGAAGCCUCUGGACUAUCUCCCCAGACCUGCAGCCUGACUUGACCUUUGAGUCAUGAGGAUGCUGCUGGCAAGAGAUGAGGCCUUACCUCAGAUGAGAAGGGCUGGCACUACACUCCCACCCUGUGCUUCCCUCCUUACCAUCCUGGUUCCAGAGCCAACACUGGGGCCUUAGUCUAGGGCCCUUUUUUCCCCAUCCCCAGGAAUCAAGAAUUUUUUCCCUAGGUCCCUGACUUCUUUCAGUUUCCCUCUACAUCCUCCCUCACAAUUUGGAAAGGACGAGGGUUAUCUUCCUCCAUUUCCCACCUCUCACCUUCCUGCCUUCUCCCCACUCCAAAGGAGAGAGCUGACGUUGGCUUGAACGAAGUAAAGUCAACAUCUGCUGCUUUCCUGUGGAGUCUGGUGAUUCAGAGGGCCGGAUGGGGAGAGUCAACAGGAAAAAAGGAGGGAGGAGGAAAAGCCACAAGAGACAUUCUGUACAAUUCCAAGGAACAGAGAAGCCUUUAGACAGGCAACUGCCAUCCCCCUGAAACCUGAGACUUUCGUGGUGCACUCGCCCGCCCUCAGGUGCUGGUGAAACGGAGCUGCCCCAGGCCUGCUGGGCAAGGAUUUCCCAACUCUCCAGCCUUCCCUGGGAGCAAAGCCAGAGCUGGGUGCCCGAUUCUCUGGAGCCAGGGGCCCCCACGUGGCUAGAGCUGGAAUAACAGAGAAGACUGGAUACCCUAGGCAGUCCUCUCUCAGGCCUCACACACUCGUGAGCCCUCCUUGAAGCCUCCUUAUAGAAACUAGAGAGAAGGGAGAGGAUUGCUUGAUGGUGGGAAACCCUUUCACCUUACUAGAUUUUGGAAGCAGCAGCCCCAUGGGGUCUGAAUUAAGGAAGAAGCUGAAGUAGGUGGCAAGAGGUCUCUGGGAAGCAAGACCUUACUCACUUGGCACUGUUUAUGUAGCACAAAUAGCUCCUAGGAAAUGUUUCUGGGGCAUCUCCAGUCAUACCUUGUAGGGCUUCUCUGGUAGAAUCAGUUGGACAGCCCUUGCUUGAUGUUUACUGGAAAUUCUCAAGUUAGUUUCUAUCUCUGGACCACCCCACCUGACUCCCAUUUUUUGGUCAUGGCCAGUAAAGAGAAUUGGAUUCUCAUUGACAACUGGGUAACAUAUAGUUCUCUGUAAUCAAGACUUUGGACACCAAAGUUAGUUACUGGUCUCUAGAGGGCAGCUCUGACAGCCAUUUGAAGAAUCAGCACCCAUUUAGAGCUGAGAAGAGAGGGGACCCGAUUGGGCAGUUGACUAGCUGCCACAGACUCUGUCCUCCAGGGCUGUUCUUGAGAUCUGGUCACAGUGUUUAUUUUGGCAUGUCUCUGGCCUUUUGCAGACAGAAUUGUCUCUGUUUCCUAGCAGAGUAGACAGUAUAUCAGAUGGUCAGAACAAAUAAAGUUCAGUGUCAAAUGA